UCCCAUCAUAUAUAAUCAGAUAUUAAAACAGGAAACAUAUGUGAUAUUUAUGCUUUUUUCUAGAGAGGUGUAUAGGUUCCAGACGGCAUGUAGCCUACCAUAGAUGAUUUCACAGUUCAUCUUGAAGCUGCCACUGCAAUUACUUUGGCCGAUAUUGUUAAUUCUUCAUAACAUGCUUCUGCUCAUGUUGAUCAUGAUGGCCAUUUCCAUGCUCUGUGCGGCGAGCCAUAGUCCCACAUGUAGCCCUGCUGAAUACGAGGUAUUGUUCCUGUUGGCCAUGCCCCUGUGUUACGUAGCAAGCCAGACGCACACAUGCAGUCCUUCCGAAUACGAGGUUAUGGGGGAGUGCUGUCCAAUGUGUAACCCUGGAUACCAUGUGUAUAGGCACUGCACCGAGUACACAAGCACCACAUGUGCUCCAUGCCCCCGGACUACCUACACUGAAGCACACAAUGGGUUGAAUUCCUGUAAGAAGUGUACAGUUUGUGACUCAAGUGCAGGUUUGAGAGUGAAGAGGAACUGCAGCUCCACCUCAGACACCCUCUGUGAGCCUCUGGAAGGACACUACUGCACUGACCCAAUCAAAUAUGGCUGCCAAGGAGCUGUGAAACACACAGAGUGCAAACCGGGACAGUACAUCAAACAGAAAGGAUCCGCAUCUUCAGACACUGUGUGCAGUGACUGUGACAGUUACACAUACUCAGAUGGGUCAUCCCCAUCCUUCAGACCACACACACAGUGA